AGGUUCAGCACUGAAGAGUGAUGAGGAGGUAGAGAGCUAAAGAGUCAUCCUCAUCAGAUUAUCUAUCAGACUUGUAGAAAUGUUUCAGUUUUCUCUUCGACGAGCGAGAAGCGUAACCCAAUUUAGAACCCAGAUUUCCGUUAUGGGGAUCUCACAUCUCUCCACAGCCACGGAGCCUUUAGCCAGAAACCCUCCGCCGAGACUUCGUAAUCUGAUUGGAGGGAAAUUUCUGGAAUCGCAAGCGAGUGAGACGAUAGAUGUCAUAAACCCAGCAACUCAGGAGGUUGUUUCUCAACUGCCUCUAACUACCAACGAGGAGUUCAAAGCUGCAGUGAGUGCAGCCAAACAGGCUUUUCCUUCAUGGAGAAACACCCCGAUUACAACUCGUCAGCGCGUAAUGUUAAAGCUCCAAGAGCUCAUCCGCAGAGACAUCGAUAAGAUUGCCUUGAAUAUUACCACAGAACAGGGCAAGACGUUGAAGGACGCACAGGGAGAUGUUUUCCGUGGGUUAGAGGUGGUGGAACUUGCCUGUGGAAUGGCAACUCUGCAGAUGGGGGAGUUCGUCUCCAAUGUGUCCCAUGGAAUUGAUACUUACAGCAUCAGAGAACCCAUCGGUGUUUGUGCUGGGAUAUGCCCCUUCAAUUUUCCAGCAAUGAUUCCCUUAUGGAUGUUCCCAAUGGCAGUGACAUGUGGCAACACAUUUAUUCUUAAGCCGUCAGAGAAAGAUCCUGGAGCUGCUAUGAUGCUUGCUGGGUUGGCAUUGGAGGCUGGUUUACCGAAUGGAGUCUUAAAUAUUGUGCAUGGAACAAAUGAUGUUGUUAAUAAUAUCUGUGAUGAUGACGACAUUAAGGCUAUAUCAUUUGUUGGUUCAAAUACAGCUGGCAUGCACAUAUAUUCAAGAGCUGCAGCUAAAGGAAAACGUGUUCAGUCCAAUAUGGGAGCCAAAAAUCAUGCAAUUAUAAUGCCAGAUGCAAGUGUAGAUGCUACUAUAAAUGCUCUAGCUGCCGCUGGUUUUGGUGCUGCAGGACAGAGGUGCAUGGCACUCAGCACAGCUGUCUUUGUUGGAGACUCAAGAGCAUGGGAGGAAGCACUUGUUGAGCGUGCCAAAGCACUUAAAGUAAAUUCUGGAACUGAACCUGAUGCAGACCUUGGCCCAGUGAUUAGCAAACAGGCAAAAGAUCGAAUAUGUAGACUGAUCCAAAGUGGAGUUGAAACUGGUGCUAGACUUUUGCUUGAUGGGAGAAGUAUUGUGGUUCCAGGGUACGAGAAUGGAAACUUUGUUGGUCCCACCAUCUUAUCAGAUGUGACAAGCAACAUGGAGUGUUAUCAGGAGGAGAUCUUUGGCCCAGUUCUUCUCUGCAUGCAGGCUGACACCCUAGAAGAGGCUAUAAGCAUUGUUAACAGAAACCAAUAUGGUAAUGGAGCUUCUAUAUUUACCACCUCUGGUGUAGCUGCAAGGAAAUUCCAGAAUGAAAUUGAAGCAGGCCAGGUUGGCAUCAACGUUCCGAUUCCAGUUCCAUUGCCCUUUUUCUCCUUCACCGGAUCCAAGGCAUCAUUUGUAGGCGAUCUUAAUUUUUAUGGUAAGGCAGGCAUGCAGUUCUACACUCAGAUCAAAACAGUAACUCAGCAAUGGAAGGAUUUACCAAGCCAAGGAGUGUCACUGGCUAUGCCGACAUCGCAGAGAACAUAGAACUUGGUUUUCCAUUCUGUAAUUUGCCUCCUUAUUGCAUUUUCUAACAUAA